UGAUACCUAUCUUAAACAUUGUUUUAUGCUUGUUUUGGGUAAAUGAUUCUUCAGUACCUGUCUAUCGUUGAGCAACAUUCCUAUCAGUCAAACAUAUUCUCCAGAUGUCAAACGUGAGCUGUUGAUGCUUUCUUUACCUGCAAUUUUGGGUCAGGCCAUUGAUCCCUUAGCACAGCUAAUGGAGACUGCUUACAUUGGUAGAUUGGGUUCUGUGGAGUUGGCUUCAGCUGGUAUUUCAAUGAACAUCUUCAAUUAUAUAUCAAAGCUAUUUAAUAUCCCUCUCCUCAGUGUUGCUACAUCUUUUGUUGCUGAAGAUCUUGCAAAGAGUGAAAGUAUAGCAAAGAGUGCAAAGAGUGGUCUAUCUGGUUAAUUGAUGUAUUUUGCUUUGUGCAGGUAUUGGUAAUCUCCUAGCUGCAUUUUUAUUACCCAUCCUUAUGUAUUAUUUUGGUUUGGGUGUAACUGGUGCAGCCCUUUCCACUGUUAUAUC